AGUCACGAUGAGGGACUGAGUGUGAUGUGCGUUAUUGCGCGUUGGCGGUGAGUCCGUGAUCAGCGGCAGAGCAGGGUGGCGACGUCGUCGCAGGUGCAACAGGCGCCGACGGUGCGGCUCGAAAGUCGCACGGAGGCCAGUGGCAUGGGCGGCCCGGGUGACAGUUGGCCGCGUGAGGCGCCGGCGCUGCUCAGCACGGCUCUCCUGCUGGGCGGUGCGUUACCCGAGAGGCCCCCCGCUCCGCUUUUUACCAUCGACAGCAUCCUGGCGCCACGGCCGCAACCAGCUGCUACCAUCCCGCCGCUCCAGUUGCAUCAUCUUACGCACAAUCCCUUUCCAAGAGCUCAUGAUCUAUUUGGUACGUCUGCCAAGCUCUUCACACUUGCCGGAGUGGGAGGUGUGGGCAGUGCAGUAGUCGGGGCGGGUGCAGGGGGGUAUGCGGGACUUUAUGGUGGGUACGCGGCGGCGGCGCUAGCAGGGCUGGCGGGUCCGCCGCCCAAGCGCAAGCGCCGCCAUCGGACCAUCUUCACGGAAGAACAGCUGGAACAACUGGAGAGCACAUUCGACAAGACACAUUAUCCUGACGUCGUGCUGAGGGAGCAAUUGGCGCUCAGAGUUGAUCUGAAAGAAGAACGAGUCGAGGUAUGGUUCAAGAACCGUCGUGCAAAGUGGCGUAAGCAGAAACGUGAAGAACAGGAGCGACUCCGUAAGCUACAGGAAGAGAGAGCGUGUGGUCGGGCACCACUGGUUUCACGAUCUGCGCCCGCCCUGUCUCCAACACCGCACCAUUUGCCAGCACCGCCUACGCCGCGUCAGUAUUCUGACGAUUCAGAUUCAGAAGUUGAAGUGGCUUGA